CACUGGGGUAUGGAGACUAUUAACACGCGGCUCUGAGAGCGUGAUUCGGGGUUUGAGUUGCUGGUGCAGAAGUUUGCGAGAUGCCCAAGGCUAAGGGAAAGACUCGGAGGCAGAAGUUCGGUUACAACGUCAACCGAAAGCGUCUGAACCGGAAUGCUCGUCGGAAGGCAGCGCCACGGAUCGAGUGCUCCCACAUCCGACAUGCCUGGGACCACACCAAAUCCGUGCGGCAGAACCUGGCGGAGAUGGGGUUGGCCAUGGAUCCCAACAAGGCGGUUCCACUCCGUAAGAGGAAGGUGAAGGCCAUGGAGGUGGACAUGGAGGAGAGACCCAAGGAUCUUGUACGGAAGCCCUAUGUGGUAAAUGACCUGGAGGCAGAAGCCAGCCUCCCAGAGAAGAAAGAAAAUACCUUGUCUCGGGACCUCAUCGACUAUGUUCAGUACAUGGUGGAGAAUCACGGGGAGGACUAUAAACGGAAUGGCAAGCCUUCAUCGAUUCUCUGCAGAGUAAGAAGAUGGAGGUGGACUGAGUGGUGCAUAUCCCCAGAACUAGGUCUACUGGACCAAAGAAACCAAACCCCGGCUGUAAGGCAAGGGAUGUAUAGUUUCAAAUGAUGCUAAGUCCUAUGGAAUCGGGUUUUACAUGUACACUGUCUCUGUCUCUCCCCCGGGCCCCCUUUUUCCUUCUAGAGAAGGAACUGUCUUUUUGUUUUAGUUUUUUGAGAGAGAAUGUCUCUCAGCCUUAGCUGUUCCAGAACUCUCUCUGUAGACCAGGUUGGCCUUGAACUCAGAGAUCUACCUGCCUCUGCCUCCCAAGUGCUGGGAUUAAAGGUGUGUACCACCACCACCUGGAGGAGGAACUUUUUCGAGGCCAUGGUCUAUGUUCUGUUGGGAGCUUACAGAAAGCCAGGGCCUGCUGUUCUAUGUUCAGAGGGGAUGCUGUAUUUCAGUGUGUUCUGUAUGUGAUAAAGGAGUAUUUUACCUGUGUAACAUGACUAGGUAUUUUCAUUUUGUUUGAGACUGGGCUUCUCUGUGUAGCCCCACUUGUUUAGUAUUUUGUGUUUACUAUGCCCAGCUAAGCUCUAGAGCUGUCCCAGGGAAAGCUCACCUUAUUAGUGCAGAUGGGGUAUCAGCUCAGCAGGAAGUACUGCAGUCAUGGGCUUUUGUAGACACUGCCUUCUGCCUCUUCAGUGCUCCUAGCAUUGGCUCCCUCCAGAGACUUCUCAGGAAGCCUGGGCUGACUAUAGAAGGGUAAGGAACCAGGUCUCUCCUCACUGUGGAUUGCUUUUGUUGGCCAUGGCUUAAACAUCAGGGACCCAAACCUGCUGUCUGGGGCUGGCAGAUUGCUAGGUACCACUCUACUGUGUGCCACUAGUGGGUUUUCCAUGACAUGGCCAUCUUCUGUGGCAUGCCUGUUGCAAGCAGUGGUCUGAGAAUGUGAUGCCCGUUCUGCAGCAGGAUCACGGGCUGAGUGGGGCGUAUUAAGGCCUAACGAACCUCUACUAUGAAUGAUGUAAAAACCU